GGGGAGGGGGAUGCAAACUUCUUCAGGCUUGGGUCCUUGGGGGGCUCCUAGUCUAGCUCCUUCCUCGGCUCACCUCCCAGCUCCUCCCAGUUUCUGUGUGGACCUCCUCCUUUCCCCCCUCCUCCCUGCUCCCCUUCUCUGGGUGGGGGUUGGGCUCCAGCAAGGGGAGGGCUGACCACUCCUCCCCGCCCCGCCCCUCCCCUCCCUUCCCCACGUGCUUCUUGGGGGGGCCAGUGCAGGCACCAGCAGGGGCACUCUGGGCAGCUGGGAGAAGGCCCAUCUGGGCAAGCCUCUCCCGCAGGCCCCUCGGCCGGCCUGCCUGCUUCUCUUGCAGGUUUCUCCAAGUGCCUCCCUGCUCCUGUUUGCUUUCCCAUCUCUCCAGGUUUCGUCUUCCCAGUUCCCUUCUGGGCUGGUGGCAGUGGGGGCUGUGCCUGGUGGGGUCCACGGAGAUGCUCAGUGCUCGGGAUCGCUGGGACGGGCCCCCCGCAGAGGGGGCAGCUGCGGGGCUCCAGGGCUUCGCCGUGGACAAGACCUUCCUCUCCUCCCUCAAAGGCAUCCUGCUGGAAACUGAGCUGGCCCUGACCUUCAUCAUCUUCAUCUGCUUCACGGCCUCCAUCUCCGCCUACAUGGCCGCAGCACUGCUGGAGUUCUUCAUCACGCUCGCCUUCCUUUUCCUCUACGCCACCCAGUACUACCUGCGCUUCGAUCGGCUGAACUGGCCCUGUCUGGACUUCCUCCGCUGUGUCAGUGCCAUCAUCAUCUUCCUGGUGGUCUCCUUUGCAGCUGUGACCUCCCGGGAUGGAGCUGCCAUCGCUGCUUUUGUGUUUGGCAUCAUCCUGGUCUCUGUCUUUGCCUACGAUGCCUUCAAGAUCUACCGGACCGAGAUGGCUCCCAGGACCACCCAGGAGGACCAGCAGUGACCCUGAGCUACCUGGCUCCUAGGACUAGCCAGACAAAAGGAACAGUGCAGCCCAGACACUUUUUCUUUGGAUUCACUAGCCCACAGCCCACUGCUCCCCAGCCAGGCCUUCAGAGAUGGAGUCUGGCCUGAGAAGUCACCAGGGACUUGUCUGUGGGGCUCAGUGCUCUGAGCUCUGUCUCCCGAUGAAGCUCUACCAGGAAGGAGGUGUUUUGGGGAGGGAGGGCAGGAAGAAGCUGGUCAUUCCCAAAUUAAAAUAUUCGA